CAAAGCUUUUCAAAAGCAAAAGAAAAAAGCAGGUUCUUUCUAAUUUGAUGCGCAAUUGAUUGAGUCUAAAAGGGAACAGUCAUGAUAACCAAAUCAUUGUAUGUACUUACAGGACAUGAUGGAGCUCCGAAGCAUGAUGGGUUUUCCUUCAAUUCGUUGCAAUCCCCGAACUCAGAGGUCAGAACUGGAUUUAAUAAGAACAAAUAAAUAAAAAUAACAACACUGUAGUCUGUGGAAGUGUGGAUGGAUAGAGGGCAAAGAUAGAAGGCGGGUACCGUAUGGAGGUUGGGACUAGCUGGGGAUGGGAUCUGAUGCUGAAAAGGGCGAAAAGGAGAAAAGAAAGGGAGAUUAUUAUGAAGGAAUCAUUUCUCCACGUAUCGUCGUUCAUUGAUCACCAUAACCCCAUCUUCUCUUCUUUCCUCAAACCUCAGUAAAAGUCAGAGUUUGACUGGGACUGGCAUCCCCUCUAGAUGGGCCAUUGGAUCGCCUGACAUCUCCUCUCACUGUGACUUGAUAUGGGAUCCUUCUUCUGAGGUGAAAUUGGACCGUUUUGAAGCUUGAACUCAAUUGCACGCUGGACCUUUGUUGACUUCAAAUAAGCUCUCUUUUGCUUCUGAUUUGGGUUUUUGUUAAAUCUCUUUGUAACUUACAUAAUUUAACCUUUAUUGCAAACUUUUUUAUUUGGUACCUUGAAAUUUUAGAUUUUGUUGUAUUUUUUUGAUGUGGGUAUGGGAUGAAUUGAAGUUAGUAGUCAAUGUCUGUUGAGAAGGAAUGUGACUGCGUCUGUCUUCCGUCAGGAAAAUAUGGAGUCUUGAUUAAAGGAAGGGGGCAGAU